UAUUCGGAAUUUUAAAUGUUUAUAAAUAUCUAUUUUAUUUGUCUUUUAGUACGAAGAACUGGAAUACACCACUUAUAUUUGAUCUCAAAGAAGGAACUGUUAGUUUAAUUGUGCAAGCAGAAAGGCAUUUUCUUCUUGUAGAUGGUGGUGGUAUCUAUUUAUAUUCUUAUGAAGGGCGCUUCAUUUCUUCUCCAAAAUUUCCUGGAAUGAGAACAGAUAUUCUGAAUGCACAGACUGUGUCUCUGAGUAAUGAUACCAUAGCAAUAAAAGAGAAAGCUGAUGAAAAAAUAAUCUUCCUUUUUGAAGCAUCAACUGGAAAACCAUUAGGUGAUGGGAAGAUUCUUUCUCAUAAGAGUAACCCAGGGGGAAUAGAACUGGGUAAGAAAGUAGGACUAGACAAGAGGAAAAUGGGGAAGCCUGAAUUUAGUAAAAAUCCCCAUAUUGUGAGUUUUGUUGGAAAUCAGGUAACUAUAAGAAGAGCUGAUGGCUCCCUGAUUCACAUCAGCAUAUCACCAUAUCCUGCUAUUCUCCAUGAAUAUGUAAGCAGUUCAAAAUGGGAAGAUGCUGUAAGACUUUGUCGCUUUGUUAAGGAACAAACCAUGUGGGCUUGCCUAGCUGCCAUGGCAGUUGCUAAUAGAGACAUGACUACUGCCGAAAUAGCCUAUGCAGCAAUUGGUGAAAUUGAUAAGGUUCAAUACAUCAAUUCUAUAAAGAAUCUUCCAUCUAAAGAAUCAAAAAUGGCUCACAUACUAAUGUUUAGUGGGAACAUACAGGAGGCUGAAAUAGUACUUCUUCAGGCUGGCCUUGUUUAUCAAGCAAUCCAGAUCAAUAUUAAUCUCUACAAUUGGGAAAGGGCACUGGAAUUGGCUGUAAAAUACAAAACACAUGUUGAUACAGUUCUUGCUUACCGUCAAAAAUUUUUAGAAACGUUUGGUAAACAGGAAACUAAUAAACGGUACUUGCAGUAUGCAGAAGAACUUCAAAUAGAUUGGGAGAAAAUCAAAGCCAAAAUUGAAAUGGAAAUCACGAAAGAACAAGAGAGAUCAUCAAGCAGCCAGUCCAGUAAGAGUAUGGGUCUAAUGCACUAAAUGCCAUACUUACCUAUAAGAAGUUUUCUUUUGAAACUAAUUCUGAUUAACCAAGGAUAAGCAUGUUUUAGUUGCUAAAGAAAAAGGCAUAGUCUUUAAAUAAGUAUAAGCAUUUUCUAUGUAUUUAAUAUUAAAAGUACAUUAAGAAAGAUUAAGCACAAAGUAAUUAAUGUAAUUCCAUCAUUUAUAUUUUUCUACUAAUUAGAACAAUAUUAGGACAAUAUUCCUAUAUACUUAGGAUAUAUCUUUGUAGUGUUGAUUAUAUUUCAGUUUUUUGUCUAUUACUUUAUCCCUGAAUCUUCAGCAUGAACAAAUAUUACUGCUGAUAAUAAAACAUUGGAUUCUUUAAAA